AUGGUGGUCUGCAAAUCAAGUACUGCCAAAACCCCCUCUGUCGCUCAUCUACUUGCUCGUGCAUCUGCCUCUCCCCGCUCACCCCUCCUUGAUCGUGAAGCUUCUGGCGACGUAUUCGUUACAUUCACAGACAAGCAUCGUAAGGUCCUCAACCUGAUGGUUCGCAAUAAACCAUCUCUUAUGAACGGAUCAUUCUCGCUUUUGGUACAAAAUCCCCGUGUGUUGGACUUUGAUAACAAACGGAACUACUUCGUCCAGAAACUGCGUCACCGAUCCCGAAGCGAUCGUGAAAGAGAAAGCUAUCCUACCAUUGCUAUCAAUGUGCGACGAGCGAAGGUCUUUGAAGAUAGCUUCCAGUCUAUUUCACGAUUAAAAGACAAGGAUCUCAAAUACGGAAAGCUGAACAUCCGUUUCAGUGGAGAAGAGGGUGUCGAUGCGGGAGGUGUCACUCGGGAAUGGUUUAGGAUUCUAGCUCGAGAAAUCUUCAAUCCAAACUACGCCCUCUUUGCCCCUUGUGGUGCAGAUCGUCUAACUUACCAACCCAAUCCUGCCUCAUGGAUUAAUCCUGAUCACUUGCGAUAUUUCAAAUUUGUUGGCAGGAUCUUAGGCAAAGCCAUCUAUGACCAGCGGCUUCUUGAUGGGCACUUUGCACGAUCGGUCUAUCGUCAGCUGUUAG